AUGAUAAAAAAGAUCAAAGAUGGACUUUUAAUUGAAACUGUCUCCGCAGCACAAACUAAGCGAUUACUAGCCAUACAAAAACAACACGACAUGGACGUAGAAGUACAACCACACAAAUCCCUCAAUAAAAUAAAGGGCGUAAUUUAUUGUCCGGAUCUCUUAAAUAGUACGGUCGAUGAAAUAUUAGAUGAUCUUAAAUUACAAGGAGUAGUCAGUGUAUACAGAAAUAAAUCAAAAAAGGAUGGACAACUUGUUGAUACUCCUAUCCACGUUCUUACAUUUACUACAAGUAUUCUCCCCAAAACUGUCAAGGUAUCGUUUUAUUCUCUACCAGUUAGAUUGUAUAUCCCUCAACCAAUGAGAUGUUUUCGCUAUCAAAAAUUCGGCCACACCUCGAUGCGUUACGAUAAACCACAAGUCUGUGUAUGUGGCAAGCUAAUCAUUUGUAUAAACUGCAAUGGAACUCACUCCGCUAGAUCUCGCAUGUGUCCAGUUUAUAAACAAGAAAUGGCAAUUCAGGAAAUCAAAACCAAGAACAACAUUAGCUACACGGAAGCAAAAAAGAAAGUUAUAAUACCCACCCCAAGACAGAAUACAUCGUACUCGCAAGCAACUUCUAGUUUACCCCAUUCCACUGAACAACUAAUAAAAAAUCUAAUUCCUGUUCUUAUUCACGCCUUAAAAAGCCAAUUUACAAUUAUCCCCAAUACUAAUUCUCAACUUUCUCAAUUCUCUGAUGACCCAAGAAACUAA